CGAUAUCUCUCACUCUUUUUCUUUCUUUCUUUCUUUCUUUCUUCUUAUUUCACUAAACGCUGUCUGAGCCAGUGCUCCAGAGCUCUCUGUGCUCUUCUUCUUCUACUCCCACCCAACUGCUUUUCUUCUCCUUCUUCAUCACGAUCACUCUCUCUAUCUCUCAUGGAUUCUCUGCGUGUAAUCCUAAGCUCCUCUUCAGCAUCUACGCAAAUCCCGCUACGGAAGCAAUUCAUAUUCCUCCAUCGUCAUCAUCAUCAUCAUAUUCAUUCCCGUGGGAGACUCCCUCUCCUUCAUUUCUUCAGACCUCCAAGGAUUUCUCGUACUCUCCACCACCAUUCGCGUUCAAUCCUCUGUGUUUCCUCUACUGAAACCAUAGAGAAGGAAAAGAUGAAGUCAACGUCAAAACAUGGGAAAGUGAGAGUUAAUGUUAGGCUAGAUCACCAAGUUCAUUUUGGAGAGCAUGUUGUGAUUCUGGGAUCAGCAAAAGAAUUGGGGUCAUGGAAGAAGGAGGUACCGCUAAAUUGGAGUGAAAGUGGAUGGGUAGGCGAUUUGGAAUUGAAAGGGGGUCAUUCUAUUGAGUUUAAGUUUGUAAUUGUAAAAGACAAGAGUUUUUUAUGGGAAAAGGGUGAAAACAGAGUCAUCGAACUGCCUAAACAAGGGAGUUUUGGAUUGGUUUGUCAUUGGAACAACACAGGGGAGGCUUUAGAUUUGUUGCACUUGGAAGAAGAGGAUCACAUCGGUGAAAAUGGGUCUCCAACUGCUGAUGCUGCUGAUCUUCACUUGGAGGUGGAACCGAGUCCUUUUGUUGGUCAAUGGCAAGGGAUGGAUAUUUCAUUUGUGCAGUCAAAUGAACAUCGGAAUCGGGAAACAGACAGGAAAUGGGACACUUCAGGUCUUGAAGGUUUGGCUUUAAAGUUAGUUGAAGGUGACCGAAGCCCGAGGAAUUGGCGGAGAAAGCUUGAAGUUGUUUGUGAGCUAUUGGUUGGAGAUUUGAAGAUUGAAGAUCGGCUGGAUGCUCUCAUAUAUUCUGCUAUCUAUUUGAAGUGGAUAAACACAGGCCAAAUUCCUUGCUUUGAAGAUGGAGGUCAUCACCGACCAAACAGGCAUGCUGAGAUUUCCAGGCUUAUAUUUCGCGAAUUGGAAAUAAUUUCCUCUAGGAAGGAUACCUCACUCCAGGAAGUACUUGUUAUCCGCAAGAUCCAUCCUUGUCUCCCAUCUUUUAAGGCAGAAUUUACUGCUUCUGUUCCACUAACACGAAUUAGAGACAUUGCUCACCGAAAUGAUAUUCCUCAUGACCUCAAGCAAAAAAUUAAGCAUACAAUACAAAACAAGCUUCACCGCAAUGCUGGUCCUGAGGAUUUGAUUGCUACUGAAGCGAUGCUUGCUAGAAUAACCAAAAACCCUGGAGAAUAUAGUGAAGCAUUCGUAGAGCAGUUCAAGAUAUUUCAUCAUGAACUCAAAGAUUUCUUCAAUGCUGGAAGUCUUGCUGAACAACUGGAAUCCAUCAGGGAAUCUCUGGAUGAACGUGGCAUUGCAGCUCUUAACUUGUUUUUGGAGCGCAAAAAGGGUUUGGAUGCUAUAGAGGAAUCAAGUAACGUGUCAGAAAAUAAUAGCAGUGAUCUAUUGUUCAAAACCAUGCAAUCAUUGAGUGUUUUAAGAGAAAUAACUGUGAAGGGUCUGGAAAGCGGCCUUAGAAAUGAUGCUUCGGAUGCUGCAAUUGCCAUGCGACAAAAGUGGCGUCUCUGUGAGAUUGGGCUGGAGGAUUAUUCAUUUGUUAUUUUAAGCAGAUUCCUCAAUGCACUUGAAACUAUGGGAGGGGCUAAUUGGCUGGCUGCAAAUGUGAAAUCAAAGAAUGUAAGCUCUUGGAAUGACCCACUUGGUGCCCUUAUUGUUGGGAUUCAUCAGUUAAAGUUAUCUGGUUGGAAGUCAAACGAAUGUGCAGCUAUUGAAAAUGAGCUCCUUGCCUGGAAGGAGAAAGGUCUCACUGAAAGAGAAGGAAGUGAAGAUGGCAAGACAAUCUGGGCAUUAAGGCUCAAAGCUACUCUUGAUAGAGCCAGAAGGCUAACUGAAGAAUAUUCUGAAUCACUUCUUCAAAUAUUUCCUCAAAAAGUCCAGAUGUUAGGAAAAGCUUUUGGAAUCCAUGAGAACAAUGUGAGGACAUAUGCUGAAGCUGAGAUUCGUGCUGGUGUGAUCUUUCAGGUUUCAAAAGUAUGCACCCUUCUUUUGAAAGCUGUUAGAAGUACACUUGGUUCUCAGGGUUGGGAUGUUGUUGUUUCUGGAUCUGCUAUGGGAACAUUAGUACAGGUUGAAAGGAUUGUUCCUGGAUCGAUACCAUCAUCAGUGGAUGGGUCAGUCAUUCUUUUGGUGAACAAAGCUGAUGGGGAUGAGGAGGUUACAGCUGCAGGGAGCAACAUAGCAGGAGUUGUGCUUCUGCAAGAGUUACCUCACUUGUCUCAUCUUGGUGUUAGGGCCCGUCAAGAGAAGGUUGUUUUUGUGACGUGUGAAGAUGAUGAUAAAGUUGCUGAUAUGAAGCAACACAUUGGAAAAUGUAUAAGACUGGAAGCAUCUUCAAGUGGUGUUGAUUUAUACCCAUCUACAUCAGAUAAUACCAAUGGCAGUUUUACAGUGAAAGCUCCACCAGGUGAUGGUUCACAAAUUGUUGAAGCCCCUGGACCUCUUGAUCUUUCCUGGUCUGCUGCUAAAGCUCCUUACUUCAGUCAGGGUGUUUCAGCUGGAGCAGUUUUACUACUUGCUGAUGCAGGGACUCAGACUUCAGGUGCAAAGGCUGCUACUUGUGGUCGUUUAGCUUCUUUGGCUGCAGUAUCUGAUAAAGUUUACACUGAUCAAGGUGUUCCAGCUUCAUUUCAUGUGCCUGCUGGCGCAGUGAUACCGUUUGGCUCUAUGGAAUUAGCAUUAGAGCAAAGCAAGUUAACAGAAACCUUCAGAUCCUUAUUACAGAAGAUAGAAACAGCAAAACUUGAAGAUGGUGAACUUGACAAAUUAUCUGGUCAACUCCAGGAACUUAUCUCUUCCUUACAGCCCUCAAAAGACAUCAUUGAUAGUAUAGGGAGGAUAUUUCCAAGCAAUGCACGAUUAAUUGUUCGUUCAAGUGCAAAUGUUGAGGACUUGGCUGGAUUAUCAGCUGCUGGACUUUAUGAAUCAAUUCCCAAUGUUAGUGCCUCAAAUUCAACGGUCUUUGGAAAUGCUGUUAGUCAAGUAUGGGCUUCACUAUACACUCGGAGAGCAAUUUUGAGUCGUCAAGCUGCUGGUGUACCUCAGGACAAAGCAUCAAUGGCAGUUCUGGUGCAGGAAAUGCUUUCACCGGAUUUAUCCUUUGUGCUUCACACACUAAGUCCAACAGACCAAGAUCAUAAUUAUGUUGAAGCUGAGAUAGCUUCAGGCCUUGGAGAGACUCUAGCUUCAGGCACUCGGGGCACAGCCUGGCGUCUAUCCUCAGGGAAGUUUGAUGGGUCUGUGCAAACACUAGCAUUUGCAAACUUCAGUGAGGAGCUGCUGGUUCUUGCUGCAGGCCCUGCUGACGGGGAGGUUAUCCGCUUGACUGUAGACUACAGCAAGAAACCACUCACAGUUGAUCCAAUUUUCCGUCGACAGCUUGGUCAACGUCUCUGUGCAGUGGGUUUUUUCCUUGAGCGGAAGUUCGGCUGCCCGCAGGAUGUUGAAGGAUGUGUCAUUGGCAAAGAUAUCUACAUAGUCCAGGCACGUCCACAACCACUGUAAAUAUGUUCUAUGGAGUUGGUGCUUUCUUUGCUACCGCCAGCAAGCAUUGUUCUGGGAUGAAGGAGCAUUAGCUGUGUGUCAUACACCACCAAGUCUGAAUGUGCUGAUAGACGUAAUCCUAGUUGACUAAGUGAAGUUUGAGUUCUAUACCGACAUGACAGCGAGGAUCUGGACAUGAUGUACAGUGCUUAUGUAUAACAGUGGGUAAAGUCCUACGGAUGCAUACACGAUUAUAUGUUUGUUUUAUGGUUGUCAAGAUAAUCUUUGUUGUAUGUACUAUCAUUUCAAUGGCUUUAAGGUUGCAUAUGUUGUUAACCAUUAAAUACAGCUAAACAAAAGGAAUGCCUUACCUGGUAUCAUUA